AUGUCUUUCAAUGAGACUGAGAAUAUUCUCCUGUGUUAUCCUUUACAUCCAGACUCUUGUCCUAGAGCUCAUCGUCUCACUGUUGUUAAAGUGGCAAUGUACGCUUUCAUUUCACUCAUGAUCCUCAUGACAGUUUUUGGGAAUCUGCUGAUCAUCAUCUCCAUCUCUCACUUCAAACAGCUUCAGUCUCCAACUCAUCUGAUCGUUCAGUCAUUGGCUGUGUGUGACUGUCUGCUGGGUUUACUGGUGAUGCCGUACAGUAUGAUGCGAUCUGUUGAGGGCUGCUGGUUUUUGGGAGAUGUUAUUUGUAAAGUUCAUACUAGUUUGGACAUGACCCUCUGUACUUCUUCUUUGUUACAUCUUAGUUUAAUAUCUAUUGAUAGAUACUGGGCCAUCUGUGACCCUCUGAGAUACAGAAUGAGGGUCACAAACUAUACUAUGACUGUAACUAUAACCUUUACAUGGAUCUUUUCAUUUGUGUACUUCUUUUCUGUAGUGUUUUCAGGGGUGUUUGCUGUAGGCCUUGAAGAUUUAAUAUUACAGAUGUCUUGUUUUGGUGGCUGUGUUCUCAUUUUAAACAAAGAAUGGGGACUAACUUGUUUAAUCUUGGCAUUUAUUAUUCCAGGAACUAUAAUGAGCUCUCUGUAUAUCAGCAUAUUUAAAGUUGUGAAAAAACACGCAAAGGUUUUGUCAGAGAAAGUGUCUGUGACCACCACAGGUGGUAACAGUCAAAACUCCGCACACAGAGAAAGAAAAGCAGCUAAAACUCUGGCUCUUGUUAUGGGUGUUUUCUUUCUCUGCUGGCUGCCUGGUUUUACUGCCUCUACUCUCAGCCCUUAUAUCAAUUUUUCUGUUCCAGCUGAUGUUUUUGAAGCUUUAAUUUGGUUUGCAUAUUUUAACUCGGCUUAUAAUCCUUUGAUAUAUGGAUUUUUCUAUCCUUGUUUUCAGAAGGCCUUUAAGACUCUCAUAUACACUUACAUCUAUAGCUUUAAGGAUUUAGAUGGUGUGGGCCACGGCCAAGAGAAGGACAGGGAGAAAGGGGGCAACGGGGGUCCAGGGCACUAUGGACCAGGGUGUGAGGCUCAGGCUCCUGCCUGGUCUCUGUUGUCCGUGGCGCCCUCCUUCUUCUUCCUGGAGGCAGAAAUCAAGACAACGCAGCAGCUGGGACACAGGGGCACAGUUAAAUUAACUGGGUUUGUUCUCACCUCUUCACUGACGACCGCUCACGGCGGUGACUGGGACACAAAGGUGGUGACUGGGACACAAAGGUGCAGUUAA